AACCACCGGAUACAUAUUUUGUUCGGUCCUUUUGAGAAAUGCGCAUGACCAAGUAAGAGUGCACAGUAACUAACAUAUAUGCAUUCAGACGACGGAAAUAAUGGCAACGUUCCAAUUGACAGACCAGUGAGGUUAUUAUUGUAAACCGUUUUAAACCAUUUUUUAAAUAAAAAUGGAAAGAAAAGGAAACAAACGAAAUUCAAAGGAGAAAUUUGUCAAUGAUUCAAAGAAGAGGAAGCAACGUCACGACGAAUCUGGUCGCUAUGGAAAUUUCCAGCCAUCUUUGGGACAGAGAUCUGGAGGAAAUAUGAUGCAAUCUGAAGAUGAAGAAGAAGGCGAAGGCGAAGAGAAAAAAGUCGGUCUACCAACUCACCAUGGAAGAGGGCGUAAAAUAAACAGACCAUGCCUGUUGACACAAUUACAGUCAAUACUUAGAAAAUAUCCAAAUGACGCACAAAUUCUUCGGGAGAUGAUUCAAAAUGCUGAGGAUGCUGGUGCAAAAAUUAUGAAGAUAUUUUACGACAACCGUUUCAUAACACCAAAUGGUUCUAUUGAAAUUAAGCAUUAUUUCAAGUCACCUGGGAUUUUAAUAUUCAACGAUGCGUGUUUCAAACCAGAGGACUGGGAUGGUAUCAUUACAAUUUACAAUAGUGUAAAAGAAAAAGAACCACUAAAAGUUGGAAAGUUUGGACUUGGAUUUAAAUCUGUCUUUCACAUGACGGAUAAUCCAGUAAUUAUAAGUGGCGAUACUCUACUGAUCAUAGACCCAUUGUCUGAGACGGAAACUUGGUCUGUAUCAUUAAAGGAUCUAAAAACAUUUUAUCAACCUGAAAAAACUCUUGCUUGCCUAUACAAUAGAUUUGGAUUUGACAAAACUGCGUUAGAAAGGGGGAAAUUUGAAGGAACUCUAUUUUGGAUUCCGCUUCGACAAAAGGGGAGUGAUUUGAAACCAACUGCUUCUCAAUAUUCAGAAGAUGAAGUAAAUGGUUUUCUAAAGUCUUUCAUUACUGAAGCAAGAUAUGACCUACUUUUUCUGAGAAACUUAGAGAAAAUCGAGGUUGGUAAUAACCAAAGCAAAGAUCCAUACUUCAAAAUUGAAAUGCAUGGAAAACAGCAAGUCCAUUUGGAGCAGACUCGGGAAAAGUUCAGAACAGAUCUACUAAAACUUGGCAAUAAGCACCCAGAUCAAGAUAUUGUUUCAAAAUAUGACGUCAUUUUAAAAUCAGCAUUUACAGAGGAUCACUUUGUCGUGGUUAAUUGGUUGACAGGAAGGAAGAAUUUCCCAGAGAACAUAGGAACUAUACUGAAUGAUUGUAAUAAUAAGGAGCUGCAAUACAGCCCGUAUACUGGAGUGGCUUAUUGCACCUUUUCCGACACAAAGGAAAAACACCAAGGACAUAUAUUUUGUUUUCUGCCUUUACCAAUGACAUCUAAGAGCUUGACUGGACUCCCUAUCCAUGUAAAUGGAUUCUUUGAUCUAGAUGAUAAUCGAAGGUCCAUAAAAAUGCCUGCUGCAAACAACGAGUCGUUUAAAAGUGACACAUCGUUAAUUUGGAAUGCAGAAAUGAUCGGAGAACUAUUACCAUAUCCAUAUUAUACACUGGUGCUGUUUUUGAGGGAUAUUUGUAUAAAGAACAACAAUCAGUCAAAAAGUAUAAUAGAUGUGUAUGAGUGUAUUCCAGACCCACAAAAAGUGGAAUCAGAUUGGAGACCACUUGCUGAAAAGUUGUACAAAAAAAUUAUUGAAGAAAAUCUUUUUUAUACAAAACAAGAACAUGGUAAAUGGGUAAAAAAAAGAGACUCAUUAUUUGCCUUAUUUGAAAACAAUUCUGAUGGAGGAGUUCUCCAUGACGUAGAAACAUUUUUGUUGGAUAUUGGUGAAAAUCUGGUGAAAAUACCAAGACAUGUAGAAAGGAUUCUAGAAUACAUAGACCAGUCACCUUGCCCGAUAAGUUCAGGAUUGAUACGUCAGAAACUCAAGUUAAACCAUAAGGUGUGGAGUAAAUACUCUUCAGAACGAAAACAAUCGCUAUUGUCGUUUAUACUUGAGGACGGAAACUACGAUGAUUUGGCCGAUAUAAAGCUUCUUCCACUGUUCAAUGGCGAAUUCAAACCAUUUUCCGUUCUCGAAAAUCAGGUAUUUGUCAUAGAAGAGGAUCCUAGCAGCUUAUAUCCUGGCCUGGAAAAAAGAUUCAUAUCUAAAAGGAAAGUUACAGAUAAAAAUUGGGAUGCAGUGUCAAUUCUAGCCAAAAAAGAAAAAUACCAAUUGAGGUUGGUGACAGAAAACCACUUUCCAAAAUUGCUGAAAGAAACAAUUAGUAUGAAUUGUACUAAAAAAGAAAAUGGCAGUUACGUUCCUAAACAUGAAUCGCUUCUUGGGAUUAUGUGGAUAGAGAGAGUUUGGAGAUGUAUUAUUUCAAGGGGAUACAUUAAUUUACAUCAAUUCCACUCUGUACCUAUCAUUCCCAUCAAACAAAAAAAGGAAUCUCAUUGUAAACACUCUAAGGGAAAAAAACGCAAGGAUAUGACCAACAUCCAUAUCAUUGAAUUUCUCACACUUGAAGGAAAAUACAUGUUUUCAAAGUUUAACAGUAUGAAACUUGCCAAACCACUAAAAAGAGUUGUGCAAUUACUGGGAACUCGAGUUAUUUCCCCGAAAAAAACCAUUCAUUUUGAAAUCAAAGAUGUAACUGAGAAGUAUAUCAAACAACCAACACCUUUAAAUGUCAUAAGUGGCUUUUCCAAUGCAUCUUUGCAAGAAAAUGUAAUUGAAACUGCUAAAACAAUCAACGCAAAUUGCACUGAUGAAGAACGUACCGAGUUCGCACAAUAUUUAGAGAAACAUAGACAUAUCAUUGACAAAGCUUCAUUUCACAUAUUUCAGUACCUUAAAGUUUUCAAACAAGAUGAUAACAAAAAAGGAAAAGAAAUGGUAUGUUUGAAAGAAAACUCACAAAUCCAUUCAAAGUGCUCGUUAUCAAAAGGUUUCCAGUAUCCGAGAAAAUAUUUAACAGCAGAUAAUUCAACUUUGGCUGAAUAUCUAGGAGGAAGCAAAAUCACCGAAAAGGAUUGCAUUUUAGAAAUACUUGAAUAUAUGACACAAGGGGGCACAAUGUAUGGUCAAAGUGAGAAAUUGAAAAUGAUGAGUCAUUUAGAAUGUAGACCAGAUUUAUUGAUAGCUGUUUUGAAGAAAGCUGUGGAGGUCGACUUUAUGCCGUCAUCUGACGGAAAAUAUUACAAAGUAAAAGACCUUUUUAACCCAGCAUCAGUCAUACUGACAAAACUAUUCAAAAAUCAGAAAGGUGCCUUUCCAAUCGCUGCAUUCCUUAAGACUAACAAUUUCACGCAAACAUUUUUAGGACAUUUUGGAAUUAAGGAUGAAAAACACGUAAGUUCUUAUAAUCUGGUUACAGUAGCAAAGGCAAUAGAUCAAAAUAAAAAAGAAAAUUUGUCACAAGCAAAAGCUUUGGUAUCGUUCUUGGAAAAGCAUCCUUCAAUGAUAAUGGAAGAAACAUUGCGUGCAAUAAAGCAUUUAAAUUGGUUUCCAUGUUCAAAAAGACGAGAAUCUUACCCAUCAAAGUUAGUUUGGUUUCAAGAAAAUAGCCUUUGUGCACCUACAGAAGUAAAACAUAUAAACUUCAAUUACCUUUGUGGGUCGGUAGUUCCUCUAGCUGAUGUUGAGUUGUCUUUCAAACCGAUUGCGGACUUUUAUGACUGGAAUUCUCCUCCUACCGUUAAUAUAGUUCUACAGCAUUAUGAAAAUGUAAUUAAAUCAUACCAACGGAGAGAGAAUUCACUGUAUAUAAUGAUUGCAAAACAAGUUUUUGAGUUUUUCGAAAAGAAGAUGCGUAAAAAUGAAAUAGAGGAUGGCAUCAUACGUAAACUCCAAUUAAUGAAUAGUGUUCCAACUAAAUACCAUGGAUUUAAAUCAGUAAUGCAAACAGUAAUUGAAACUGGUUCUUUCAUUAGCUACAAUAUGGAACCGUACUUGUUUGAAGUUUCAAGUGAUGUUACAGACUUUUCAAAUUUUUUGAAAACUUUGGGAGUCAAAGAAGAAGUUGAUUUUAUUAUUUUAAAAUCAAUUUUACAACGAAUACAGGACAAGUAUAAGUCUGGAAAAAUUUGCGACUCACAAGAUGUGAAAAAAGACAGAAAACUUGCAGUAAAUGUUUUGUCAAGUAUAGUUGAAAUGCAGAUUAAGAAAACUGAAUUGUUGGAUGUUCUUAUUCCAGUUUGCACCUUUGAUCAAGAUAAUCUUCAAUUUAAAACCGUAAAAGAGUGCACUUAUGGAAUUGAAAAUAACAUUUAUACUUCAGUAGGCCAUGAAAAAAACAGUGAAGGGAAAAUGGUUUUUGUUCAUCCCGAUGUUAAUCAUAUUGCCCGAAAGUUAGGAGUUGUAUCUACUAAAAAGCGUUUUAUGCUUACCCAAAACAUCAUAGCUCUUCCCUGGGGUCAGAGAGAACCUUUAACAACAAGGAUUUUCAAUUUAUUAGCAGAGUAUAAUGAUGGUUUCGCAGUUCCUAAAGAGCUUAUCCAAAAUGCUGAUGAUGCUGGGGCAACACGAGUUUGCUUUUUGUAUGACGAACGGGAAAAUUUGCAUCUGAAAGACACACUGCUGGAUCCUGGCAUGGCUGAAUGUCAAGGACAAGCUUUAUGGGUGUUUAACAAUGCCUUAUUUAGGGAUAAAGACUUUGAAAAUCUUAUUCAACUUGGUGGAAGAACGAAACUUCAAGAAUCUGGAACAAUAGGAAAGUUUGGGCUAGGCUUCUGUUCGGUUUACAAUUUGACAGAUGUACCAAGCUUAAUAAGCAGAAACAAGUUUGGUGUAUUGGAUCCUCAUUUGCAUCAUCUUGGAGAGGCUACAAUGGACAGAAACCCCGGUAUUUUGAUUCCAUUGACCAAGAACAUUAUAUCUACAUUUCCCGAUCAAUUCCAGCCAUAUGAGAAUGUGUUUGAAUUCCAGGUUGAGUGCUGUGAUCAAUACAAUGGAACAUUGUUCAGACUUCCUCUUCGAACUCGACAUCAGGCGUCUUCAGAAGAUCAAAAAAUAAAAAGAAUAGAAUACUCAAAAAAUGAAAUGAUGAUACUGCUACAACAGUUUAGGAUGGCUGUUGCAAAUUUGCUUUUAUUUACCUCAAAUGUUAGAGAAGUACUGGUCUAUCAUUUAAGUGGGAGAAGUAAAGAUCCAGAUAAAGAUAUGAAACUGUUGUUUAAAUCAUGGAAAUCACAAUCAAAUAGAAAAGAUAUUAGAAAAGAUCUUUUAAAGACAGUCGCCGAAGCUAUGAAAAAAGAUCGGCUGUCAGAUCUCAAUCUCGAGAUGGAAGUAUAUGACAUUAGCAUUGAAGUAUAUGGUUCGGCAAAACAUUUAGUAAAAGACUUUCCGAAGCUUUUAGAUAACUUUCGGCCAUCAAAAGCAUCACAGUCAUUUGUUUGUACUUAUGGCAUUGGAAAUCAUUCAGUCGGACUGGCAAGAAAACUAGAAAAAGAGGGGGCUCUUCCAAUUGGCGCUGUAGCUUUGCCAGUAGAAAGGAAAGGGAAUGAAUUGAUAAGACAUACGAAUUUCAAAAACCUUCCAAAUGGUUUUUACUCAAAAGGCAGAAUAUUUUGUUUCCUUCCGCUUCCGCUUCCGUUGUCUACGGACCUUCCACUUCAUAUCAAUGGUUGUUUUAUGGUGGAGCAAAAUCGAAAAAGUAUCAUUUGCUCUAACACUGAAAAUAAAUACAAUGUAAAUAGUGAAUGGAAUCAAAAUAUGCUCAGUGAUGUUAUUCUAAGCUCCUAUAUUAACCUACUGUCCUCUUUAGCAACAUUGAAGAAUCAUGGGAUUACUGAUGCAAAUUAUUGGACUCUUUGGCCUCAAAUUACAGGAAAAACAAUGCAAGAUAUCGCUUGUCUCAGUCGAUCUUUCUAUCGGGAAAUUUUAAAAACUCACAUACCAGUGUUUUACCGAAAGAAGCUUGGAGAUACAACAAUUGUCAGUUCGUUUAACACUGUCGCAUUUUUAGAUCCUACAUUCAGAAACUCGGAGAAAAAUGGACAAAUAGCAUUUGACUGCUUAAUUGCUUUCUAUGACGGUAGCUCAGUUGUGAUGGACUUGCCUUUAAGUAUAUAUGAACAUUUAAUGAAAGCUGCAUGUGAUGACACAUUCUUGUUGACAAAGCGAAUAAUUUCAAAAAAGAAUUUUUUCAAUCUAUACUUUUUUCCCAAUUUGGAUCACCUGGUUUGGGAAACUACAUUCAGUAAAGAACAACGUGACAACCUUGUAAUAGAAGCUAUUAACGACCCAUCCUUACACAAUCUCGUUAUAAAUCAUAAAUGCAUACCCGCAAUAAUGUCAGAAAUUCUUCUUCAGCCAAAAGACUUAGUAUGGCAACAUGGGCCACUAAAAUUGUUGUUUGAGAUUAAGGACAAGCUAUUUCCAAAAUCAACUUUUACACAGUUAAAAGGUACAUUGACCAACAUGGGCAUGAUGGUUAAAUAUAUUUCGUCACCUAUCUUUUUGGAGAGAGUGGAUACAGUCCAGGGGUUGCAAAGAAAACACGCAUUGAAAAGAUCUAAGGCACUUGUGAAAUAUUUAAAUGACAAUGUUAAACGUCAUCAAGAUGUAAGAAAUGAUUUAAAAACAAAGCCUUUUCUUUCUGUUAUGUCCAAACCAUUUGAUUGGCUCCUACCUUGGAAGGGAAAUCAAAAAGAAAAGAAACUUAUGUCGCCAGAGAAACUAUUUUCGCCCCUUGAUAAAUAUCUGGUAGGUUCUGUUGGAUAUGUUGCAGACAUUGAAGGAAAAUCCAUUAGUAAAGAGACAAUGUACCAAAUUGGGAUUCGAAGUGUUGAAGUAGAAGAUAUUAUAGAACAAAUAAAUGUUCUUGGAAAGAGUAACACAUCAUCAUCUAAUGGGCUUGAAAUGACUUGUUACUUAUUAUAUAACAAGCUGGACAGAUUCAUUGCUGAUUUAACCAACAUUGCCUAUGCAAACAUUGAUAUACAUUCGUGGAAACGAAUGAGGAUUUUGAAUGUUGGAACAGAAAUGAUUGAACCUCGUAGGAUAGCCAUGCAUUUGACCGGUAGAUGUCAUCCAUAUUUGUACGAAAUGGACGAAAACAUGAAAACAUACACAAAUGUAUGGCAAAUUUUAGAAAUACCGGAUCAUUUUAAUAAAUCCAAUUUCAUCAGCGCUUUGAAAGAACAUAGUCAAAGCAUAGGACUUGAUCAAAUGAAUAGUGAAAUAACAAUGAGUGUUGUAAAUUUACUUUCCAAUCUUUGUGACCUUUUGGAAGAUGGCAACAUAUGUCUAUCAUCAGAAGAAACGGUAAACAUUAAAAUUCCAGACAAGAACUGCUUUAUGCGUAGUAUAUUUGACAUUUGCUAUGAUGAUGGUGACUUUCAGUACGAUGAAGACGAUGUUUACGUCGUUCAUGGUAAAAUUACAGGAUUGAUUAUAAAACAUUUAGAGAUAAUGUCUAGACGUCAAAUCUAUUUAUGCCGACAUGCAGAUGAAAUUCCAUUUGGACAGACCGAACAGCUUGUAACUCGACUUCGUGGUCUUCUAAAGGAUUAUCCAAGGGAUCAUUCUGUUCUUAAUGAGCUUCUACAAAACGCUGACGACGCAGGAGCCACUGAAAUCCAUUUUGUGUAUGAUUUACGACAUCUUGGUACUAAGAAAACAUUUGGCAAAAAAUGGAGUCCUCUUCAAGGGCCCGCUCUCUGUGUAUAUAACGAUGCAAGUUUUUCAGAGAAUGAUUUAAAAGGCAUAAAGAACCUUGGAGAGGGCAGUAAGUCAAAUGAUGCAACGAAAACAGGACAAUUUGGUGUAGGAUUUAAUGCAGUAUAUCAUUUGACAGAUGUGCCAUCAUUCCUAACACUUGGACCAUGUACGCCAAAUGGUGGUGCUUUUUGCGUUUUUGACCCGCAUUGUUGGUAUGUCCCUGGAGCUAAGAUUGAUGCACCUGGGUUAAGAUUAUACCCUGAGAAAUUAGAAGCAAAAUACAAUGAUAUUUAUCAAGGAUAUUUACAGGAUGUGUUACCCGCAGACAUUGGCACAUGGUUCAGAUUUCCACUUCGCACAGAAAAUCCGGAAUGUCCAUCUAAAAUUAGUAGAAAUAUCAUUUUAAAGAGUGAUAUGAAUAAACUGCUUAAUAAAAUGAAAGAGGUUAUGAAGAAAAGCUUAUUAUUUUUGUCAAAUAUAUCAAAAAUAAGCAUCUCAUGUAUACAGGAAGGUGAAAUGCAACUUUCUGAUACUUACAGUGCUAGAUCGAUAUUGCACAAUUCAGACCAGCAAAACUAUAACAGUUUUAUGUCCCGUAUAAUACAUGAAUCCGGCCACUUAAAAUCAAAAGCCGGGAAAAUGAACGAUAUAGAAUUUCAGGAAGUAAAAUAUACAAAUAUUGUUGAGGACAAUAAAGGAUGUUCUGAAACAUGGUUCGUGGUCCAAACCUUCGGCUUUUCAGACAAUGCAAGAAUCCCUGACGUUGUCAUAGAUGCAGCUGCGGGAAAAGAUUUUUACUUUUUACCAAGAGGAGGUACUGCCAUGAAAGUAGCUGAUAACUGUACAAAAUUCCACACAUUAAGAACAACUGCAGCUGAAAAAAUAGAGACAAAUGGCGAAGCUUUCUGUUUUCUUCCUCUGCCAAUUGCUACUGGAUUACCAUGCCACAUUAAUGGGCAUUUUUCGGUUUAUUCUCAUAGGAACGACAUUUUUGGAGGAAAACAUAUAGAUGACAUUAGAUUUGUUUGGAACAAAUUAAUAUUACACCAAACCAUUGCUCAUUCAUACGUUAGCUGUUUAGAUUACAUGAGACAAACUUUAACUGAUGACACCAACGAGGAAAGUUUAAGCUCUUUGAAAAUUUAUUUCGACAUGUUCCCAAAUUGUGAUCAGCUUACAAGUCCUAUGUGGAAAGAUCUUGCUUUGGAAGUGUAUAUCAGCAUUUACAAAAGGGAAAUGAAACUAUUUCCUAUAUGUCCUGAGUUUCAUCAGUAUACCGAGAAAGCAUUUGAAGAUGAUGAAAAUGAUAUGGGGAUAAACUUUCAAGGUAGAAUUUUAAAAUGGGAGUCCCUGCAGUGUAGAGAACAUGUCUACCCAAUCUUCUUUGACGAUCUUCAAUCAUACUACAAUCACACACUUGACAACAACAAAGGCGAAUAUGAACACAAACAAGAUGUAUACAAAUGUUUGACAAGUCCAUGGAAGAAAGAUCCUGUGCAAAAAGAAGAUCAACUUUUAAGACAACUGUUGGUAGAGCUUGGUAUGAAACUGACGUGCACUCCUUUGUGGAUAUAUGAGAAUAUUUCAGGCGCACUUUAUCCCAAUUGUGAAUCUGACCAUGUUAAUCUUAGUAAUAAGAGUAUAGAAAUACAGAAAAUUUCACCAUCUCUUGUCGUGGACUUCAUGAAGUCCUGGAAUACUUCCAACAUAGACAGGUGUGUAGUUGAUGUUGUAAACAUUCCGUUACAACAGACAGUAUUCAAAUCGUUAAAGAGAUUUACAUACAUUUUAAAAUUUUGCCUCAUGGAUCCUGCUGUUGACAUCAGAUUUGCUCAAUUUCCUUUCCUUGUGGACAAUAAUGAAGAUUUAGUUGAGUUAUCACCCCAAAUUAUCCUGGCCAGGUUUUGUUCGCUACUACCAUGCUCAAGUAAACGAUUUAUUCAUGAAUCUUUAGUUCCUCAUCUCAACAAGUUUGAACAUUUGUUUCAGCGCUUAGAUUUACCAACAUUUUGUUCUCUUGUGUCUGAAACUUUCGACCAAAAUACGUUUCAAAGUGGACAACCGAUACUAUGGAAAUAUUCUCAAAAUGAGUUGCCGAACUCCAAAUGGAUGUCAGAAUUUUGGAAAUAUCUUGACACUUUGUCAUGGCCUUUUAUUGACAUAGAGAACUGGUGUCUUUUCCCUGCAUAUUUUGGAGAAAAUAAGCAUAUGCUCCUUCCUUUCAAAUUGUCGUACACUGUCUUAAAUAUACAAGAAGGUGACUUUAUAAACUUUUGUAGUGUUCAUGAUAUUUUGAAAAAACUGCCUUUACCAAAACCGUGUCGUUUCAAUAUUACAUCAAAUCACUUGUCGCAUUUUGUUUCAUCAACGGCACAACCAAGAAAGCUGUCUGAAUGUUUGGUAUUUCACAAAGCAACCAUUUCCAGUCAUAGUUUAUCGGUACAUGAGUGCGACGAACUUUUAUCGUUUUUUGAUAAUAGAAUUAAUCUUCUCCAGUGGAACCAGAUGAGAGGUUUAAAAUUGUUUACCACAAUAGACAAUACGAUCGUCGACUUAAAUGAACGUAGUCGCGUUUUGGUGAUAAAAGCAGGGAACAGCAGCAUAAUUCUGGAUGGAUUAAAUGACUGGGCUGAGGCAACAAAAACAAACUUAAUGAAACAUAAUGCGAAUCAUGAAAAAAUGUAUGAAGCAUUAAACGUACAAAUAUGUAUAUGUGAAAAAGAUGAGCAUGAAUUGCUCGAAUUUUAUAUUGCAUAUAUAUUACCGGAGUUCCAAUAUCUUCCACAACAGUUUCACUUUCUGCAUUUAGAAUUUGUACGAGAUAAGCUGUUGUCUAGUAAAAAUAGUAGAUUAAAAGAGCAGCUCGCUAAUCUGAGGUUUAUUCCUAUGAAACAUGAAAGAGAUCUGAAAAAGGCUAGUGAUUUUUACAAUCCACGUAAUAUCGUCUUCAAGACACUGUGUAAUGAAACACAAUUACCGCCAUUUCCUUUCAAUCAGACAGUAUGGGGAGAAUUCAUGAUUUCUGCAGGUAUGGUACAAGAUGUAAGCAAGGAACAAUUCAUCAAAUUUGCUAAGCAAAUUCAAAGUCAAGGACCGAAUCAACUAUCAUUGCGCCAAUCAAAAGUGCUUACAAAACAUUUGUUUGCACAGUCUGAUUUAAAAAAUGACUUGGAUUUCCUUGAACAAAUGCGUGAAAUAACUUUUAUCAUGCCGUACAUUGUCCAAGAUAAAUAUAUAAAAAUUUUUCCACAGAUAUCAACCAAAAACCUUGUUGCUUUUUCUACAUCGAUAUCUGAAGAAAAUUUUAAGUUAGCCUGGACUACGAACAGUAUUUUACCUAGUUAUGCGGUACCAAAGGAUGAACACCUUUUUGAAAAAUUAGAUAUAAAAACAAGUCCGACCGAAAACAAUUUCGUACGUCAUCUUGAACAAGUGUGCCAGUCUUUACAAAAGGGAACCAUCACUGAUGUAGACUUCGUUGAGACGUUCAUGAGUAAUAUAUAUGAAUAUCUUGUAACUUUGAAAGAAAAAAGCAGCUUUAUUGAAAGGAUUACCGGUAUUCCGUUAGUAUACGUCAUAAAACACAAUGCAUUUCUAGAAGCUAAAAAUAUUGUUUUGAAAGAACCGGAAACAUCCCAAAUUAAGCCGUAUUUGUUGGUGGGAUCGGAGGAAUACGGAAAGUUCAAUGAUUUGUUUAGAAAAUUAGGAGCUACAGAUGAAGUAACAUUAGACCAUUACUUCAGAGUUUUGUCUGGUGUAAAGGCAAUUGUUAAAGAAAAUGUCCUCGUGUACGAGGAAUUGGAAGUUACAGAUAAAGCUGUACGCGGAAUUUUUACAUUGUUACAAUUUAAGCUAGAACCAGACAAUAUUAUUGUAAACGAACCAGUUUUGCAUCUUCUCAGUGAACACAAUCGACUUGAACCAUCCUGUAUGCUGAUUUAUGGAGACAGCUACUCACUACAAAAAAGACUAAAAGACCAGCAAACGAUUCAGCUAAUGAAAACCAUGGAUAAAUUCACUGAGGAUAGGUUUGAUGUAGAUAAAUGCUUUGAGUUGUUGCCUUUGGGCAAUCGUCCACAAUAUCUCAGCAAGAUUGUAAAAGAGGUUUUAACAUCCUUCUGCAAUCGAUUAUCAUGCGAAAUAGGCAGCGUACUUGAGUCUUUUAUUGGUAGUGAAAUGUUUAUACAUUCUAUGUUACGGCUGGCAAAAACCAAAUUGAAAAGAGAGAAACUUCAAGACAAAUUAGUAGAAGACAUUUCCAGCCGUUUCAAAUCCUUGAGAUUUGGUGCUCUCGAAUCUGUAACUACAAUUCUUGCUUACAAAGGUUGUCAGAUUGAAAGAAGUAUGGAAUAUAAACCUCUGUUUUAUGAUGAGAGAGAAAACAUUGUGUUUAUUUCUGCAUCUGAUUUAGAUGUUUUAAAGUGGAUAGCAAAAUACAGUCAUCUGCUGUCAGAAGUAAUUUAUAGCCUAUGCUUUGAUAAGGUAGACCCAAAACACAUACAAACUGUUCUGUUAAACUAUAAUGCCACAGCAAAAGAAAUGAUGGAUUUGUUAGAUGAACUUGGAGCUGUACAGAUCGACUAUGUCCCGGCUGACAGUUCUUGGAUACCAACACCUGGGGAAACCGUUCCACGAGAAUGUCUUGCUUUUCUGAUUCAUGGUAUAAGUCGGUUUCAACCUGGGGAUCAUGCUAUUUUCGAGGUGUUCGACAAUCGAUUUGAUGAUGACAAAACACAUGGAAAAGCCGCGGUCUACAUAUAUGUGAAAGUUAUAAGUUGUCUUUCUACUGAACCAGAGGCGUUUCCAGAGUAUGAAAUUGAUAUUGGAGAUGGUCAAAGUAAGAAGGUUCGUUCAUUUGAACUCUACAAAGAAGAACGUCCGAAAUCAGAUUCAGAUAGUCAUCCAGCAAGUGGUACAAAUUCCGAUACGGAACCCCAAAGCUCUUGUUUAGUUGUUCACACAGGUGAGGAAAGCAAUGACAAUACUAGUAAAACAACAGAACUGAACUUGGAGGAUGUAUUGCAAGAAAUUGAGGAAGCACUUAUUGAUUCUUGGCGAUUAGGAUAUGCAACCUUUCGAAAGGUUUAUAAAAGAUUGAUCCUGCGCUGGCAUCCCGACAAACAUGGAAAUUCAAGUGAUUCAAAUGAAAUUGCUAAACACAUCAUAUCGUUUGCGAAACUGAUACAGUCUGGGGAAAUCGAUCCAGACAAUUUUCCAUCAUAUAAAGAACGGAAUAAAAGUAGUAAAAGUGACCAGCAAAAUUAUCGACGUCAAUGGAAUCAAUAUAGAAGAAGGCGGAGCGGUGGGAAUUUUAACCGGCAGAAUGAAUAUUGGUUUGACCCAGAUGACUUUGCAAGCAGAGCUCAUCGCGAGCAUUCAUCCAGCAAUCGGAGUUACGAGGAAAAUGUUUAUAACCCAGAUCCUCGACCUUACGACGGCGAAAUAUGGUUCAAACAAGCUCAAAAUGACAUUGCUACCGCAGAUGCAUUAAUGGGAGUGGCAACAGCACAGUCGUUCAACUGGAUAUGCGUUACAAGUCACCAGGCUGCAGAAAAGGCUCUUAAGGCUGUUCAAAUUUCAAAAGAUGAUAAGAAAGCUAAAAAACACCAUUCAUUGAUAACAGAAGUGUCAAUGAGCAAUCCAACAUUACAGAAAGCGGCAAAAAAUCUAGAAAGGCUAGUUGGAGACUAUACAAGAAUGAGAUAUCCAAGACCAGCGUAUUUUCCAAAAACACCUUCAGAUUUGUACAGCAUUAGCGAUGCAAUAGAAGCACUAAGACUUGCAAAAAUCAUUAUAAAAACUGUUAAAGAAAUCAUGAAGUUUAAAUAAAUGUGAAGGAAACACAUAAUGAAAGCUACAACUAAGAUAAUAAAAAUAUUUAGAUAAAAUUCUAGAAUUUUUAAAUAAUUAACAAUUCAUAAUCAUAUAAAAAUGUAUGUUAUCUUUAUAUUAGUUUCUUCUUAUUAGUUACUUUGAUCAUGUUUCAUCUCUAAAAAUAUGUAUAGUCAUCUUUUUAUAUUUCAGUUCUGAUUUUCAUGGUUCAUUGGUUAAUAUUACGUUACUUGUUACAUCCUUUUUCUGGAUACUAUAAGAAAUCAACUGUAUAUUUAGUGUAUAGAAUGAUUGUAAAUUGUACAUUUUCGUCUGACAGAACUCAUCUGACCAUGAACUUAUCAUAUUGGCUCAUUUGUCAAUGUUAAGUUUUUGCACGUGUUUCUCCUUUUAGCAAUAGGUCAAUUAUAUUAAGUGUUAAGAAUAUUGUAAGAUGUACGUGUCCUUCUGGCAAUGUUUGUAUAACAUUGACCGUAUUUAUUGAAUUUUGAUAAUGUUAAUUUUUAUAUGUAAUAUAUACAGUAAAACCUUGAUUAUAAAGACUUUCAAUAUAAGUCCAAUAAUGUUCAGUUAAGCAGGUGAGAUAUCUCAGGGUGUCCACUCUUGUUACUUUAUCGUUCAGGAGUUAUGGAUCUAGAUUGAUUGGAAAAAUGACACUUUAUUUCGUUUCCGUGUUAAAACUUGAGAACCGUUCUACCAUUGAUUUUAAUAUAGAUGUGUUGUUUAUAAUACAAAGCACAAGCUUUGUUUUUAUAAGUUUCACUGUUGCUGUUUAUGAGUAAUGGUUUUAACUGUUUUAACGCCGAUCCUUAGAAAUGAAGUGAAACUCUGUUGUGUCGUCAUUUUUUCACAGCCCUUGUUUAUACAGGUAUAUUUGCAUGUAAUUUGUAUGUAAAUAGACCAUUUGAUUGUAACAAUGGUUGACAAACAACCAUUCCUAUUCUAGACAUUAAUUGUUAAAAAUGGCACAGAACCACAUGUUCUUUUAAAGUUUACAUGAAUUAUGGUUAUAUGAACAUGAUAUAAUAAUUUUGUAAUUGUAUUCAUUUCUUUUUCAUAUUGCUUAUGUAAUAUUGGCACAUUUACAGCUAUAAUAUAAGAGUAUGUUUAACAGUCCAAUGACAAAAUCAAAUAUAAUUCUUUCAAUUUUAAUAGGAAAGGGAACCAAAUUCAAAGAUUACGAAAUUUUUAUAUUUCAAAAAGUUUUUCAAUGUAAUCUUGUUUUAUUUUGUUAUGUUAAAACAUGAUUAUAUAAUGUCUUUUUAUUGCAGGUUAAUAUUUAUCAGUAUUUAAUAUUUAUCUUGUCUUCUUAGAUUGAUUAUUAAAAAGAUACAAAUAUCUCUUUGAUUUUACUUUUAUUUUUAUUUUCAAAUUGAUAAAAAGAUGCAAAUAUCUCUGCGAUUUUUAUUUAAGUGAUGUUUAGAAUCUAUUUAGAAAUUUUAACUGGGGGUCUUGAUUUUUGUCAUUGUCCGUUCAUAUUUGAUUUUUUGUUCUGUCAGUUAAUGUCGUUUUGUAUUUUGCAUUGUAAACUCUUUUUGUAUUGUUUUAAAGCACAUAUGAACUAUAAACGUGUUGGUUACAAUGUUUUAAUGUCUUUAGCUCGGAUAACAAAAUUCAGUUUCCCUCAUUUGAGGAACAAAAUGGUGGAAUAUAGUAGUAAACUUUUGUUUGCAAAGAUUUGUGCAUGUCAACAACGUAGAAAAGUUAGCAUCUGAUAUUUUGUAUUUAUUAUUCGUUUAUUAUAUUUUUCACAUUGUAUUGCUUUUUGUAAGAUUUACUAUUAAAAUAUUUUAUCUUUU